AUGCUGUGACUGCUGCUGCUGCGCCGGGGAGGGGGGUUUGGGGUCUCUGGCCGCGGGCCUCUGCGUCACGGCUCCAGAAGCCCGUAGGAGUUGGCGGCGGCAGAUGACAGAAUGACUGGCAUAGAGAAUGAAACUGUAAGAGGCAAAGCUAUGGAGGAGGAAAGCACCCAACAGAAAAAGGAACGAGAGAAAAAGAAAAGGUCAAGGGUUAAACAGGUGCUGUCAGAUAUAGCAAAACAAGUGGAUUUCUGGUUUGGAGAUGUCAACCUUCACAAAGACAAAUUCCUCCGAGAACAAAUAGAGAAGUCUAGAGAUGGAUAUGUUGACAUAUCACUUCUUGUAUCGUUCAACAAAAUGAAAAAAUUGACGACUGAUGGGAAAUUGAUAGCCCGAGCAGUUAAAAGCUCAUCUGUUGUAGAACUGGAUUUAGAGGGAACUAGAAUCAGAAGACGUCAGCCGCUGGGUGAGCAACCAAAAGAUGUGGAUAGUCGUACUGUAUAUGUGGAGCUACUUCCCAAAAAUGUCAACCACAGUUGGAUUGAGCGGGUAUUUGGGAAAUGUGGUAAUGUAGUUUAUAUCAGUAUCCCACGUUAUAAGUCCACUGGAGACCCAAAGGGAUUUGCAUUUGUUGAAUUUGAAACAAGAGAGCAAGCAGACAAAGCUAUUGAGUUUUUGAACAAUCCGCCAGAAGAAGCACCAAGAAAACCUGGGAUGUUCCCCAGAACAGUAAAAAAUAAGCCUGUUCCUGCACUGAAUACAAGUGACUGCAGUGUAGUGGAAGAGAAGAAGAAGAAAAAGAAGAAAAAAUCCAAAAUGAAGAAAGAGAGCAGCUUACAGUCUGCUGCAGAAAUGAAAGAAUCAAACAUGGACACUACUGCAGAUCAAAUAAGCAAGUCAAAGAGACACAGGACAACAUCUGAGUGCUUGGAAAUGGAAGUAUCUGGAGUCCAUAGGCAACCUUCUAAGAAAGAGAGAAAAAAAUGGGAUAGAACAGAAAGCCCAGAGUUAACUGAGGAAAGUAGGCUAGGGAAGAGAAAAAGAAGCAACUCUGGAGAUGUAGAGACAUUAGGUGCAAAAGUCAAGAAAACUGCUCAAAAAGAUGAUGUUCAUUCUGUAAAAGAAGAAACAACAGAAGCUCAAAAGGAUUCCAAAGAAGUUACUACAGAAGAGGAGAAAGAUGGUGAUAAGAAAGACACAUCUCUUUCAAAAUCAAAAAGAAAGCAUAAGAAAAAGCACAAAGAAAGGCACAAGAUGGGAGAGGAGGUCAUUCCAUUGAGAGUACUCUCAAAGAGUGAAUGGAUGGAUCUGAAGCAAGAAUAUUUGGCCCUUCAAAAAGCCAGCAUGGCUUCCUUAAAGAAAACAAUGUCCCAAAUCAAAUCUGAGUGUCUGGAGAAGAUGGAAACAGAUAGUGGUGUACAAAAGCGUCCUCAAACAAAAAAUGUUAAAUGUGAAGCUACCAAUGAAGAUUCUGGCCCCCCUGAGAAAGCUAACACAAUGGGACCACAGUUUGUGAGUGGAGUAAUUUUGAAGAUCAUUAGCACUGAACCCCUACCAGGCAGGAAACACAUCAAGGAUGGUCUGGCUAUGAUAGCUGAUGUUGCUUAUGUUGAUGUGCUGGAAGGAGACACAGAGUGUCAUGUUCGGUUUAAAACUCCUGAAGAUGCACAGAUUGUAAUGAAAGCACAUAAAGAAAUUCAGAUUAAAAACAACUGGAAACUUGAGGUCCUAACUGGUGAUCACGAACAGCGGUACUGGCAGAAAAUUUUGGUGGACAGACAAGCUAAACUUAACCAACCUAGAGAAAAGAGGCGAGGCACAGAAAAGAUUCCAAGUUGUCCCAAUGUCUUUAUGGAUGGGCCUCCUUCUGGAUUUCAGUCUUUUCUCUCUCCAGAAAUUGACUCUAGAAGAUGACAUAGCAUUCCUGACACAUUUAUUUCUUUAAGGUUUGAUCCUGCUAUAGUUAAGUAAGAGCUUGAAGCCUCAAAGAACUAGUCUAUUUUAAAAAGGUUGUGUUUGAGGUCUUUGGAUUGUGUGUGUUUAACUAUCAGUUCCUUUCCUCCCUCCCUCUCUUCCCCCACGUUGGAUGGGACACUGGGAUGGAAUGUUAAAGACACUAAUCUGUCCAGAGGUUAAGGGAAAACUUUGUGCUAUUUGUGUACUUUGUGAUGGUUCCUAUAUGCUACUGAUCAAAAUGAUAUCAGGAACCUCUUCAUUUUUGGUAUCAAGAGAACUAUGCUCUGUACAGAUUGGUUCAGUUGUUCAAAGUUUAGUUAUCUUCUGUGAGACCUGCUAGCCUGAAUAUGACUUUGAUAUAAACUUGUAAUCUGAAUGCAGUUUUUCUUUCACUUCUA